AUGUCUUCCACAGAAGCUUCCCACCGUACCCGUGCAUCGAAUGCAACCGCCAGACCUGGAAAAAUAGUGCUCGACGCACAGACCAAGAGGCGCACCAAGGCACAGAAGGCUGCUGACGAUCUUGCCGUUAAAGAAGCCAAAGAAGCCAAAGAAGCGGCGGUCCAAAAAGGAGUUGAGCGCCUUGCUGGUAUGCAGGUUGAGAUGGAGAAGGUACAGAAGGAGUUACUCACCAACAAGGCGACUCCUGUUCGGCCCAAGCCAAAGGCUCGAAAGGCGACAAAGGGUACUGUAAAGGAAGGUGACAAUUGCACUAAUAGUGUAUUAGAUGACGUACCAGACGCUGCACCUGUACUUGACCAGGUUAUGCAUAAUUAUGGCUGA